UGCCUGGAACCCUUCCUAAGACAGAAUAGUGGGAGAAUGGCAGUCAAGGCUCCAUGGUUGGGCUUCUUGCUUCUGGUUUCCCUCUGGGGACUGUCAGCUCCAGCUUUGCUUCUCCGGCGCCUGAGAGAACACAUUCAGAACUUUCAGGAGAGCUCUAACACACACCCAGGCUCUGUCCUAGGCCACGGUCCUGGAGCUAUCCCCAAACAAGGGUGGUUAGAACAGCCACUGGAUCCCUUCAAUGCAACUGACAGACGAAUCUUCCUACAGCGGUACUGGGUGAAUGAUCAACACAGAACUGGCCAAGAUGCACCAGUAUUUCUGCACAUAGGAGGUGAGGGCAGCCUUGGACCUGGCUCAGUAAUGACAGGGCAUCCUGCUGCACUGGCCCCUGCCUGGGGGGCCCUGGUGAUAAGCCUGGAACACAGAUUCUAUGGUCUGAGUAUGCCUGCUGGGGGCCUGGAUGUGGCCCUGCUCCACUACUUGUCCAGCCGCCAUGCGUUGGCUGACGUGGCCUCUGCUCGUCAGGCGCUCUCCGGCCUCCUCAAUGUGUCUUCCUCCAGCCCUUGGAUCUGCUUCGGAGGCUCCUAUGCUGGCUCGCUGGCGACCUGGACCCGGUUGAAGUUCCCCCACCUAGUCUUUGCCGCCGUCGCCUCCUCCGCACCAUUGAACGCAGUAGUGGACUUCUCCGCCUAUAACCAGGUGGUGGCCAGAAGCCUGACGCAAGUCACCAUAGGCGGAUCAUUGGAGUGCCUGGCGGCGGCCUCCACAGCCUUUGCGGAGGUAGAGCGGCUGCUGCGCGCAGGUCUGGCGUCUCAGGCUGUGCUGAGGGAGGAACUGGGCGCCUGCGGGUCCCUGGACCUUAUUGAAGACCAAGCGGAGCUGCUGGGAGCGUUGCAGGCACUGGUGGGAGGCACGGUGCAGUACGACGGGCAGGCGGGAUCGCCGCUAAGCGUGCGCCAGCUCUGCGGACUCCUGCUCCGGACCUGGGGAAACCGCAACCACUCCACGCCUUACCUGGGGCUUCGCCGGGCUGUACAGAAAGCGCACCGGGGGACGCCCCAAUCGUGCAGGCUCUGGGACGCGUGAGAGACGUUCCGCGAGCCAGCCUUUUUCGGGUCCUGGCUCUGGGACACGUGAGAGACUUUCCACGAGCCGAAUUUUGUCGGGAGGACCCGGCAACGGACAGUCAAAAAGAUCUGACUGUGACUUGACUUCGGAGGUCGCGUUCGGCUGCCUAUUUGAGUAUAGGCACGGACAAGUGUGCUUAGAUGUGUUAGUGUCUGUUGUCUGUAUUCUGUUUCUGUGUUUGGUAUCCCAGAAGCAGCUAAGGUUAAGCUGCAGUUUGGGCCAGGUACUGAAGGUACCAGGCAUCUGUGGAAAUUGGUUAUAGGAUGCUUUGUCUUGGUCUUGUUUGUCUGGAUUGUUUUCUGUGGUAUUGUAAAACAGUGUUUUAUCUGUGCUUGUGCUUGCAGCCAGCGGUGAUGAGUUGGGGAAGAUUUAAAUUUUGCUUGGGAACAAGGAAUCUUAAAGGCGGAGUUUCAGCCGGUAUGGCACUUAGUGCGUUGCUGCCUAAAAGAUCAGAAAUGCUGUCAACAGGCUAUAAAAAAAAAAAAAAAAAAAAAAAAAAGGGGACAGGCUGUGUUAGAAAUGCUACAGGAAGAACGCCUGAAGGUAGGGAGUGCCAGGUCUGCCGCCAGGCUCCAAGGGUGGGUCUCUGAGGGGCUGGAAAAUGCCCCACCAAUCUGACUAAGAUAAGGAAAAGAUAUGAAGAGAAAGUUACAGAAAUUUGAAGGGUUAAGCUAAGUCACUGAGAGAGUUAUUGUAAGUUGCAGAGAAAAUAAGUUGAUGCGUGGUUCAGGGUCUGUGCAGAAAAGUGGACAGCACCUAAUAGCUGUAGAAGAAGAUGCAGAGAGACUGAAAAAAAAGAAAGAAAGAAAGAAAGAAAGAAAGAAAGAGGUAAAAAGAACAGGAAGCUAGGGAAGAAAAGAGACAAAAAGAAGAGGAAAUUAGAGAGUUAAAGAGAGAUAAAAGACGAGAGAGGAACAUAUACUGGCCACAGUAGUUAGGGAACCUAGGAAGAUAGUACCUGGCAACAGAAGAGAAUUCCUGGCUAAAGAUCAGUGUGCCUAAUACGAAGAAAAAGGACACUGGGUCAGGGACUGCCCAAGAAAGAACAAGAGGGGCCACUGGAGAGCUUCUUGGUCCUAGAGUGCUGGCUAUGUGCAGAGAUAGAAGGGAAGUUGGAUACAGGGACCCAAUGCUCUGUGCUCCUAUGCCCCCCAGUGGGCCAAUAUCCAAAGACCUUGAGUGCAAGGGGCUACUGGCAACGAACAAUACUUAUGGACUGCCCAAAGAACAGUGGACCUUGGUGUGGGCCGGGUAACCCACCCACUAGUUCAUGGUCAUCUCUGACUGCCCCAUCCCUUGCUCAUGAGAAAAUUGCUCUCCAAAAUGGCUUGCGUGGGCUAAAAUGACUGGGUGAGGCCAUGUGUAUGUAUAUCUACAGACUGUGUAUGUGGAGCUUAAGACCUGUCUCAGUGCACCAGUACCUGAUGCUGGGAGAUGUGUGACUUAGUCCUGUUCUGCCUGGAACAUAUCAUUCCUGCCAGCCAGGCACUAACAAUUAUCACCCAAUCCAGGACUUAAACUGUGAUAGAGUGGCUGAUGUUUUGCCUUUGAAUAGAGUGUCCAGCUGCCAUGGACUAGAUUCUCCACCGGUUGGGGACAAUCUGGUCACCUUGCUGCCCAAUCCGGACCUGGAGCCACCACAGCACGAGUGUCAAGCACUGGCAGAAGCCCAUGGGUAGAGGAAAGACCUCUGCGACUGGUUGAUUGACCCCUGCUGAAGGCCGAGGCUACCUUGUCUACAGACGGGAACAGUUCUCUUCAUGAAGGUCAGAGAUAAGUGGGUGCUGCCAUGGUGGACAACACAAUGUCAUCUGGGAUGGCUGAACCUCAACCCCCCAGUACAUCAGUGCCGCAGAUGCAUUUACCAUCUCUUGGAUGCCCUGGUGAAGCCAACAACUGUGAGUACUAUUCAUUGCUCAGGAUAUCAGGAGGGAAGUGAUUCAGUGGCAUGGGGCAAUAACGAAGCAGAUCAAAUGGCUCGAAAAAUGGCUAUGCAGGAGCCUAUCCUGGUUGCAGGCCUGCAAGAGACAGCCACUGAGAACUAGGAUUGGACUAAGGGAUGGCCUCACUUAGAAAAGGCCCAAAUUGCUUAAAAGAUAAAGGACAAUGGCACACUUGAGGGGAAAGCUAUACUCCCCAGAGAACAAAGAAAAGACUCACUUUGCCAAAUACAGAAAUGGACUCAUUUAGGAGAUAAGAAGUUUGUCCAAGUAGUUAAGGUGUAUGUAACAGACUUUAAGAUUUUAGCCAGAGAGACAGUAGAAAGUAUAAGGUAUGUCAAUAAGUGAAUGCUUAGCAAGCAAACAGGGCAAAGAGACCUAGAGAGUUUAGUGAAAAGUCGAAGUGAACUUCACUGAGAUAAAACCAGAAAAAUAUAAUCACAAGUAUCUCCUAGUGCUUGUAGAUACUUUUUCAGGAAUAGAUAGAAGGUUUUCUCACCAAAUGAGAGACGGCCUCUGCAAUCAUCAAGAAGAUACUGGAAGAAAUCUUCUCCAGGUCUGGAAUGCCCAAGGUAAUCUGGUCAGACAAAGGCCCUAUUUUCAUUGCCAAGGUAAGCCAGGGUGUGGCCAAGUAUUUAGAGGUCGAUUGGAAAUUACAUUGUAUCUACAGACCUCAAAGUUCAGGACAGGUAGAGUAAAUAAAUAAAAUUUUAAAAGAGACCCUGACCAAAUUAAAUUAACCAUGGAGACUUGCGCAGACUGGGUGACUCUCCUUCCCUCUUGCUCUCUUCAGAGCAAGAAAUACCCCUUCCAGAUUCAGCCUUACCCGCUUUGAGAUCUUAUAUGGGGCCUCAGCCCCCCAUCCCCGAAUGUAUUAGAUGAUGUUACUGAACCAACAUGUCAUAGUGCCAUAGUAAUAAUGAUUUGUGUGCCAGGCUAAAAGACCUACAGAUGAUACAGAAAGAAAUCUGCUCACAGCUGACAGCAGCCUAUGCUCCGGAGACCCCUGAGACAUCUCAUCAGUCAUGAGUUCCAGGAGACUGCAGCUACACUGAGCCCAGACACUCGAGCCUCACUGGAAAGGACCAUACCUGGUGCUGCUGACCACCUGACAGCUGUCAAUUCUCAGCCCUCACCAGCCGCGUACUAGCUGUUGGGGCUGAGAGCUGGGACCUAGAGGGAAAUUCAGUCAUGUUUGUCCUGGGUUCUAUCAAGAUUGGUGUGGGAUAGGCUUGAUUUCCAUUACAAAUGAUGUAACAUUGCAUAUGUUAGUACUCUUAACACUUCUUGGGACUGUGCCUCAGGGAUCACAGUCUGUAUAAGCUUAGAAGUUCUAAAAGCUAGUCAUGACCUUGGUGUAUAGGCUUAAAUAGUGUUCAGAUUAGAAUCCUCAUGUUAAGACAACAAUACCAAGCUGUUAUGCUAGAUGAAGCUGAGUUCUCCAUGAAGUUCUAAGAUUAGAACUAUUAACAAAAAAAAAGAAGUGGGGAAUGUAGAAUUAGAGUUUCAUAAAGAUUACUCAUUGUCAGAGCCCGAAUGUGCAGAACUAGAGUUUCAUAAAGGUUGCUCAUUGUCAGAGUCCGGAUGUGCAGGGCCGGACGUGCCUGAGGGAGAGCCAGAGAUAGGACUUGCCAAACCAGCUAUCAGCCCCAAGGACACUGACCAUCCGUAGCCACCCCCUCCCCUUCCUUCACCCCCCUGAGUGAGAUGAGCCACCCUACCUGCCUGCCGAGCUGCUAGAUAACAUAUACUCCUUGCUGAUGUAAUUUCGCGACGAAAGUAACUGUGCACCAUUUGAAUUGACCAAUCAUGUGUAACCGCGAGAAUGCCCCUUACCUCCCCUAUAAAAACCCCCGAGUUUGGAAGCUCGGGGUCGAUUCCUCUGUCUCCUGUGUGAGAUACGUGUCGACCCGGGAUCUCGCUAAGACCCGGGAUCUCGUUAAUAAAAGCUACCUCUUGCUGUUACAUCAAGAAUGGCUACUCGUAGGGGUUGGGGAUUUGGCUCAGUGGUAGAGCGCUUGCCUAGGAAGCGCAAGGCCCUGGGUUCGGUCCCCAGCUCCGAAAAAAAGAAAUUAAAAAAAAAAAAAAGAAUGGCUACUCGUGCUUCCUGGGGGCACCCCACCCCGCGAUCGGGGCGAGAGAUGCGGCUCCCCAUUUUGGGGUUCGCUCUUUCAAGAGCAACAUGUAUUUCAUUUUAUCAGAACAGAAACAUUUUGGUAUUAUUUUACUUUUGUCUUUUUGUUUUACUCUCAGAUAUGCAAUUGAAAUAAAUACAUUAAAUGCA